UGUGGAGCGGAGUGAUCCGUGGGGGGCCGGGCCUCGCUGCUCUGUGAAAACAACUUCACAACUUUUUCUAAUUUCUGAUCGAUCCGGAUCGAUUUCCUUCGGAAAGUGUGCCCGGCGGCUCCACGUCACGGCCCGCGGGCUCCCGGAACUUCCUAACGGACUCACGGAUCGACCUGUCGCUGAAGAGCCGCUGAGCGCUUAGCCUAGCACCGUUAGCCACGCAGCUAGCGGUGCGGUUAGCCGACCCCGGCCCGGCGCGGAGCUCCGAGCCCCGCCGAGGCUCGCUCCGGCGCACCUGGAGGAUCUAUCUUCCGGGCCUGGUUGGAGGGACGCUGAUAAGGAUGCUGGCGGGCAGCGGGGCCGAGAUGGGCUCCAGAACCUUACCUGGACGCGUGAGCAGCACAGACACGGCCGGACCGGAACCGGACACGGUCCGUGAGACUGGCGGGGGGGCGCCGGACGACCGGGACUACAGCGCCGAGGGGGCGUUCAGCGGCUCCGACCAGGACUCGGACUCCGCGGAGGACGAUGACAUGGGGGGCCCGGGUGGGGACCGGAGGGGCGUGAAGCGGGAGAGGAGCGAGCGGGAGGUCGGGCAUCAGGCGGCGCAGAGCUCCGGAGGCCUCAGCGGGGCGUACAGUGGCCUGAGGCCCGGGGCGGCGGGGGUGAAGCCCGGCAAGAAGACCCGAGGCAGGGUGAAGAUCAAGAUGGAGUUCAUAGACAACAAGCUGCGUAGGUACACCACCUUCAGCAAGAGGAAGACCGGCAUCAUGAAGAAGGCAUACGAGCUGUCCACGCUCACAGGUACGCAGGUGUUGCUGCUUGUUGCCAGCGAAACGGGCCACGUGUACACCUUCGCCACAAGGAAGCUGCAGCCGAUGAUCACGUCAGAGACGGGGAAGGCUCUGAUCCAGACCUGCCUGAACUCGCCAGACUCGCCGCCGCGCUCCGACCCCUCCUCCGACCAGAGGAUGAGCGCCACGGGCUUCGAGGAGACUGAUCUCAGCUACCAGGUGUCAGAAGCUGACGGCUGCUCCGAGGCUGCCAAGGAUCUGAUCAAACCGGCCUUCAGCCUGGCCGGCUCCUCCUCCUCCUCCUCCACAUCCUGCUCCUCUUCAUCCUCAGCGUCCCUGCAGGUGCAGACCAGCGCCCCCUCCUGGCAGCCGCCGUCCUCGACCGCCAACGGGACGCUGCUGAAGACAUCAGCUGGGGUCGUGCUUCCUGGAGGCUUUACCUUGAUGUCAGGUGGCUCGCUACCUCCGGGCGCACACACCAUACCCCUCAGCCAGCUGCAGGGCCAGUCUUUGGCCAUCCAGGGCCCCGUGGCUCCAGGCCCCACCCCCACGCUGCACGCUCCACCCACACAGUCAGCCACGCUGCUGCGGCUUCCUGCCACCGUGUCGCUGUCAGGACCCGGAGUCUCCCAGCAGCUGCAGACAAUCCAAGUACAGACCAGCAGCCAGCAGGCAACCGCCAAUCAGAGCAGCUCUGACAUGCAGAGCCCUGCCUCCUCCACAGCGAGUCUUCCCGUCUCCAUCGUCUCCUCCCCUUCCUCCUCCUCUUCCUCGGUAGCAGGUCACAUGAUGUACCCGGGCAGUCACACGGUGAUGUAUGCCGCACCGACGCCCUCGCUGGGCGACGGCAGCCUCACCGUCCUCAACACCUUCCCUCCAGCAGGCCACGCCCAGUCACAUGACCCAGCCGCUGUGCCGCAGGUCUUCCUCACCUCCCUCCCUCCAGUCGCCACUCAGAUCCCAGUUUCUGCAGUCCAGCUGCACCCGGUACCAUCACACGCUAACUGCACGACAACAACACACGACAAGUUCACGCACAUCCCUGCAGGCGGCCGUUAACAUCGAGUCAAAUGGUCAUCAGUCAACAGAGCAGCAACAACCUGACCGAGCUGCAGGUCGUCAGUCUGGACGUCCACCAAUCAAAAGAUGACUGAGAUGAACUCAGAUGAUUUGUUUCCUUCUUUGUGGUGGCGGUUUGAUGGACUUCCUGUUUACGUGUUUGUGUUGAUCAUGUAAACAAAAACAAGAUUGUGACAUCAUCAGUUGGUACUUCCUGGAACGCUGAUCCGUCGCUGAUGUCCAGGUGAAUGUAGUGAUGAUGUCACUCUGCCAGGCGUCUUUCAUUUGAGAUGAAGAGCAGAAAGUGCCAAAAGUGUGUGGACGCUCGUUUGCCUGGCGGUGUCGCUGCAGUGACACAUGGACAGCAGGAACACCAGGAGCAUCACUUCCUGUAUGGACCUUUCAAAGUAAAACCUGGAUGUGUAUUCUCUGAACGUUCAUCUUUGAUUUGCAGAAAUGUGAAAAUGAUUUCAGUUGUUAUUAAAAUGUUUCAUGUGAACGUC